AUGCCCAACAGCAGCUCCAUCAGCGACUUCCUCCUCCUGGCGUUCACAGACACGCGGAAGCUGCAGCUCCUGUUCUUCUGCCUCUUCCUGGCCAUCUACCUGGCUGCCCUCCUGGGCAACGGCCUCAUCAGCACAGCCGUAGCCUGCGACCACCGCCUGCACACCCCCAUGCACUUCUUCCUCCUCAACCUCGCCCUCCUCGACCUGGGCUGCAUCUCCACCACUCUCCCCAAAGCCAUGGCCAAUGCCCUCUGGUGCACCAGCACCAUCUCCUUCUCAGGAUGUGCUGCACAGGUCUUCUUUUUAUUAUUUUUAUUUUCUGCAGAGAUUUUUCUUCUCGCCAUCAUGUCCUAUGACUGCUAUGUUGCCAUCUGCAAGCCCCUGCACUACGGGACCCUGGUGGGCAGCAGAGCUUGUGCCACCAUGGCAGCAGCUGCCUGGGGCACUGGGAUUCUCUAUGCUGUGCUGCACACUGCCAGUACAUUUUCACAGCCACUGUGCCACGGCAAUGCUGUGGACCAGUUCCUCUGUAAAUUGGCCCAGAUCCUCAAGCUCUCCUGCUCAGAAUCAGACUACUUCAGGGAAGCUGGAAUUAUUUAUUUUAGCAUUUGUUUAGCCCUUGGGUGCUUUGUUUUCAUUGUGCUGUCCUAUGUGCAGAUCUUCAGGGCUAUCUUCAGGGCUGUGCUGAGGAUGCCCUCUGAGCAUGGACAGCACAAAGCCUUCUCCACGUGCCUCCCUCACCUGGCUGUGGUCUCCCUCUUUGUCAGCACUGACUUUUUUGCCUACCUGAAGCCCCAUUCCCUCUUCUCCCCAUCCCUGAACCUGAUGGUGUCAUUUCUGUACUCGGUGGUGCCUCCAGCAGUGAACCCCAUCAUCUACAGAAUGAGGAACCAGGAGCUCAAGGAUGCCGUGAGGAAAAUGAUGUCAUGA